AUGUUCCCCAUGGUGGAGAAAUCCUAUCGUGUCAACAUCACGGACACCAUCGAGCGCAACUUGCGCUUCUUGGGGCAGUCCCGCAUCGAUGCCCUGACGUUCCCUUUCGCCAUGAAGCUGCUCAAGGACAAGAGCGGUCUCAAGCUCUACGAGUUGUGCGAGAAGGAGUUCUACACCAUGAAAGCCGUGACGACCGUUCGCGCGCCGAUCCAGGAAGUCAUGCGCAUGCUCCGGAUGGACUCGACGUCUCGGCUCCGUGACUCCAUGGGCGACAUCUUCGGCCCGUUGUUCCUAGACGGCGUCGUGCUGUACACGCAGCCCGAGUCAAGCACACGACCGAACGAGAGCAUGUCGGUGAGCUGGACCGCCCUGCAGGCAUCGAAGCCCAACCUGCAGCACCGGGACUACGUCUUCUUGCGGUACAACGACCUGUUUGAAAAGGACUUGGAGCAUGGCGGCGUGUACCAGAGCAACGGAUCGGGGCUUCACAUUGGCGCCUCCAUUUGGGAGUCCAUCGAGCUUGACGGCUGUGAACCCUUGCCACCUUCGCAGAACGUGGUGAGACUGCGACUGCGUCGAUCGGGGAUUGUUGUUGAGGAAACUGGAUGUGACGGAGCGCUCAGCGUGUCGCUGUUUCUAUCCGAAGGCCAUCCCGGUCGUGACAUGGUGUCCUCGCUCACACGCUCCUGGAUGACCAAGGUUGUGAGCUGUGUGUCCCAGAUCCCAAACGCGCUCUUGACACGCGCGUUGAGUUCGCACAGCUUGCUGACGAAGCGCGACUUCCGUACAAAUGGACCGAACUGCUACUUGUGUCGAAAGGCGUUCAGUGUCUUCCGACGCAAACACCACUGCCGAGUGUGCGGGGACAUUGUGUGCAGGGCGUGCUCGGAGAUGACGACGCUGUGCCGGUCCAGCCGGAAUAAAGACGUCCGUCUGUGCAGCCGAUGCCACUCAACGAGUACAACGCCGAACUUGGCGUCGAACAGGAGCUCGAAUCCGGUGCCUCUCGCACGUGUUGAGGGCAGUGCUCGAAGCUUGCCGAGCUUUUCGAGCUCUCGUGAAAGCUGUAACCUCGACGCUAGUAACGCGUCCGUUUCGGGUAGUACAACAAACGUGACCGAGUCCAUAAGGGAGACCGUUCGUCCGAAGACGCACCCGCUGAAGAGCAACGGAUCCUUUCGCCGUCAACGCCCUCGUAUGCUUGAUCCUGUCAACAAGGUGAACCCAAGUGGAUCCAGUCGUCCCGUCGAGGACGAGUCCAACAUGACGUCUGAGUUUUCCGAGUCCAGCGAAUUCCACUGGAUGGACGGACUUACGCGACCAAGUGUUCAUGAACUUGCUCUGCUCGAGAAGAAGCUCACUGUGCGUGCAAACACGCCGUUCAACUAUGCGCUAACCUACAGCGACUCGCAGGAGUGGCCAGAGGCACCAGUUCCAACAAAUGAGGCUGGUCGGCUGAAAAAGGUACGUGAGCUGCACUUGGCUGACCCAAGCAAGCAGUUCCAGGAGAUGUGUGAGUACGCUGCUGCCGAGUUGGGUUGCCAGAUCGCAACGAUCAGCUUCAUUGGGGACAAGAGCGGAUUCCUCAUGGCGAAGAUCGGGCUAAAGAAGCGGGAGAUGGCGCGCAACAUCCUCCUUGACGCUCACACUAUCAUGUCGGCAGAGCCCACGGUGAUCCUAGACGCGACUGAAGACCUUCGUUUCGCGAAUAACCCGCUGGUAACGGAUGGUCGUGUGCGGUUUUUUGCGGGAUUUCCCAUGAUCACAACGGACGGACAUGUUGUUGGCUCGUUUAGCGUAGCCGACCCGUUUGCGCGUGCACUCUUGCCAGGAGACAAGUAUCUCUUCCUCCGCAAUUUGGCGGACGUCGCUGUCCGCGGGGUGGAGCAGAACACACUGAUGAGCCUCGCAGUGCAGAGAGAUGGUGGCAAUGUGCACAUGUUGAAGCCCACGAUCCAAGCCUCGUUGCCUCCGGAAACAGGCGCUGUCGGCGCAGAGGAACUCACUAUGCAAGAGUUGUUGCGAUCCGCCUACACGACAAAGUGCCAGGUCCGUAUGCACGUCAACCCGCUACCUGAGUGA